AUAUCAACCUCGCAUGUAAAUCCGAAAAGCAAGUAAGUGGUGGCAUAAAGAGCAGGCGCAAUCCGCGUUUCAAUUUCUUUUCCCAUUCUUGAUCCUGUCUUCAAACACACCCACCAAAACUUCAACAUGGCUUCCUCAACCUCAUCCCCUCACACCACCAAUUCAAAGCAAAAGAUCAGGAUCGCCCUCUCCAUUGACUUCGACGCGAUCUCCGGUUGGCUGGGGACAUCCCAACAUCCAGAUAACAACAUGGCCGACCACUCCUCUGGCUAUUUCAGUGGCUACGUCGGUGUGCCCCGUCUCCUGAAAGUCUUCUCCCGCCUCGGCAUCUCGAACAAAGUGACUUGGUGCAUCCCUGGCCACUCGAUAGAGACUUUUCCAGCACAGGCGAAAGUAAUUGCAGAGUCAGGGGCUGAGAUUGCAUUGCAUGGUUAUGCUCAUGAGGGCAGUACGCAGAUGACGGCGAAACAAGAGAGGGAUGUUUUGGUAAAGACGAUGGGGUUGGUUAAGGAGUUGACGGGGAAGCAGCCGAGAGGCUAUAGAGCGCCAUUGUAUCAGAUUCAAGAAAGGACGGUCAAAUUGUUGCAGGAGUUUGACUUCCUUUGGGAUUCCAGUCUGGCUCAUCUGGAUAGCUCGCCAUAUUUCUUGCCCAAGGAGAUAGAGAAGUUGGAGACUAUUGAGUUUUCCCCUGACAAGGAGGCAAAGGAUUGGAUGAAACCUUCCGAGGACUUUAUGAGAUUGGAGAAGAGUGGUUUGGUGGAGAUCCCGUGUAACUGGUACAUGGAGGACAUGACACCGAUGCAAUUCUUCCCCAACGUGCCAAACUCUCAAGGAUUUGUGGAUGUUCGUCUAAUCGAACGUAUGUGGAUGGAUCGCUUCGAGUGGCUGAGGAGUGAAGUUCAAGAUGGAGAGGAGGAAAUGACGAUCUUUGCUCUUGUCCUUCACCCCGACACAAGCGGAAUGGCACAUGUGAUUGGAAUGAUCCAAAGAUUUUUAGGAUGGGUUCAGUCGUUUGGUGACGAAGUCGAAUUCUGCACCUACGAGCAGAUUGCAACUGAUUUUGGUAAAAAGUAAUCAAUGCCCGAUGUAUCUGUUGGCCA